AUGGGUGCUAACGACACUGCUACACAGCAGACCGUUGCCGUUUCCGCCUCGGUCUCCGAACCAUGGGAAGACGUGAUGCGGGCUGAGCUUGCCGCGUGGUUCCAAAACCCCGACUGGGUCGACGAGACGCCGUCAAUGACGGUUUCCGUCGGAUCUAACGCUCUCUGUCAACUCGACGGAGUCGCGACCGUCGGCCUUCCCCCUGACGCCGUCUUCUCCAUCGUAUGCGAUCCGCAUAACAGUCGCGUAUUUAAGAACAUCAAGUCUGUUAAGAACGAGCGGGUUCUUAGUGACAAUAACGGGGUGAAGGAGCUCGAGAUGGACAUGGUAUUCGCGUUCCAGCUACCCUUCUUUACAGGCACAUUCGACGCGCACAUGCGCAUGGUGCACGACCGCCCGAACCGCAAAAUGUCCUUCGAACUAACGCGGCCCGGUCUCAUGCGCAAGUUCGAAGGUUUCUGGCAGGUCGAGCCGCUCGUUGUCCCCGCUUCCGCCACCUCCGCCCCUUCCACCAUUUCCGCAACUUCCUCCGCUUCCGCCGAUUCCGACACCGCUUCCGCUCCGUCCUCCCCGCUCUCCGAUACCUUCCAUCCGGCCAGCGACUGGGAUAGCAGCAGCGCCUGCAGCAGCCCGGAGCGCGAUUCCGCCGCAGAUCCCGCCGCAGAUCUCGCUGCAAAGACGACGACGAAGAGCGCGGCGACCCCGUCCGACGGCGCGCGCGUGGCGUCGCGGCUCGUGCUGCAUCAGGUGGUGCAGCCGUCCGUCGCGCCGCCCGAUCUUUUCAAGCGGUGCAUCCACAUCGUUCUACAGAUGGCCACUAAAGACGUCCUUAAAGUCUUCCAGCGCGAAGCCGCGGAAAUUAGAAGCAGCAAGGGACAGGAGGUGGAGACGCAGGGAGGGGGGAAAAAGAAAAAGCAAGGAGCGGAAGUAAAGGCGGCGGCGGUUGCUGGAGCUGCUGCUGGCGUCGCUGUCGCGAAGAAUGCUGACUCCAUCGGUCUCGCGUCGCGCGUGUGGGGACUCGUGAAGGGCAAAGCUUAG